CAUUUGUGAUAAAGACGGGUUUAAACAGACUAUUAAGGAUGAUUUUGUUUUAUCUUAGUUUGAUUGGAUUAAGUAGUGUCGGUGCCCUUCCUUACUACAGGGACAGAAUUCCUAAUGGAUAUAAAGUAUUUAAUCCCUGCGGAUCCAGCUACUGGGAAGCAGUGGGACAUUACAGUCCAUUCACCCACACUGCUGAGAAGAACCCAUUCGCCCUAGAUUUUAAGGCGGCCGGACACACGUGGACUAGAGCUCUUUGUAUGAAGGACUCGGACGGCGAUGGGAAGACUAAUGGCGAGGAACUGGGGGAUCCGCACUGUCACUGGACCGAGGGAGGUACCCCCAAAAGGAGUUCUACAGGACAACCAGGUAUUUGUGAACCAGUUGGGUCCGGGCCGUGUACAUCAGUUGUAUUUUUCUGCGGAUGUCAGGGAUCAGCUUGUGUUUCAAGAAAUUAGAAUAAAUAUUUCUUCAAAUU